CUCUUUGAUAUUCAAAAUUUCAUGAUGAAUGAGAAUACUCAUUUCGAGAGGGAAGCUCCACGUAUGAACUACACUAUGAAUCCUAUGCAACAGCAACCUAACCAACAGCCUCUACAACCGCCGCAACCACAACAGUUACCGUUACAACCACAUGCUCCAUCUCAGAGAGCAUUCCCCGCAAUGUCACCACCGACCACUCAUACUGCUCCCUCAGCAACAACAGCUACACAUAACUCGGACCUUGCACAAGGAUCGUCUUCAUCACAUGGAAAGAGGACCAGAAUAACGCGCGCAUGCGAUACUUGUCGACGAAAGAAAAUAAAAUGUGAUGUGGAUACCCAUAAACCCUGUUCAACUUGUCAGCAAUAUAACUGGGAAUGCACCUUUCAUGAUACUGCGAAGAAAAGGGGUCCACCGAAAGGUUAUAUUGAAAGUUUAGAGACGAGACUAGAAAAAAUGGAGAGUUUACUAAAGAGUCUUAAGCAAGAGCAACCUGUUUUUCCAUCCGCAUCAUUAAGUUCGAUAGCCUCUACAACAGGUACUCCACAGCAAAUGACGGCAAAUAACACGAUUACGCUAAGGAAAAAACGGGCACUCACAGCAACAGGAGAAAAACAAAUUUCCGAAGGAAAAGUAGUACGUUACCAUGGUAGCUCGUCUGGAUAUUAUCUAAUGAGCAAUCUUUUAUCAAACAAUAACGAAAAGGAGGAGGGUCGAGUUCAUGACGAGGUCGAUCCUCCAAUGGGAGAUAAAAACAAAGUCUAUUACGUACCGUCACUCAACGGUGGAGGAGAAAAUGUCAGAUUGAGACGACUCAAUGUGGAUGAUGAUGAUUUGAUGGUUGUGAGAGACGCAACGGCCGAUGAAGAAGCUUUACAAAUAGCAGAUGAUGGCCAAGAACCCAUUGAGCAAAUUAUACCAGGAACUAUAUUGACAGCGUUGGUGCAUACAUUUUUUACAAAUGCACAUAUUACUGUUCCUGUCUUGGACAAAGAUGAAUAUCUAGACGCAUUCUACGGGCGAACAACUCCACCACCAGCACCUCUCUUGACGUAUUCUAUUUGUGCCUAUGCGUGUUAUUUAAAGGGCUCCGAUGAUCCGAUAUUUAGGGAAGCUGGUAUAGAGCGUAAUCACGCCUUUCAAAUUCUGCUUGACAGAGCCAUUUUCCUCGUACGCAAAGAAUAUCUAAAGCCUCGUGUUGUUACUAUACAAGCACUUGUUCUUUUAUGUGCUCAUCCAACGUAUUCUACAAGUACCUAUCGUAAUUGGAUAUUGGCUGGUAUGGCAGUACGAAUGGCCCAAGACCUUGGGCUCCAUCGUACCCUGACCACCAUUGAAGUCUCCAGCGAGUUUAAAGAAAAAAGAAAACGAUUAUGGUACUCGUGCUAUAACACAGAUCGCUGGUGUUGCGCUGUUAUGGGCCGUCCUUUAGCAAUUGCUGAUUCCGACUGCGAUAUCGAUCUUCCGUUGACGCAUGGUGCGAGUGGCCAAGAAGACUUUGUAAUGUUUGUCAACUUUGUUAAGCUUUCGGGCAUUCUGGGAGAAGUCCUCCGACGCAUUUACUCGCCCAAAGCUAAAUCGAAUGGAUAUAAAACAAAAGUGAUGGAACAAACAGUUUGGAGUAUACAAAAAAUGUUGGAAGAAUGGUUUCACAAUGUGCCAGAAGGUUAUAAGAUUACAGAAGCAGAUUUGGAGUUAAUGAAGGCGAAUCCUAAUAUUUAUGCGAAAGAUUCAAAGAAAUUGAUGGAAGGUGGGCCGUUGACGAUUUGUUACCAUGCUGUGGUGUUGUUAUUGCAUCGUCCUUUCCUCGUUUUUGAUAGUGAUGAUAGUGAUUCUACUGAAAUGCCAUCGCUAGCAAGAGCAACGGAUUUGUGCAGAAAAACAGCAAAGUUAUCUGUUGAUGUGGCUAGAACUAUUCCCAUUAUUGCUAUAGCCAAGUUCGGUUGGAAUUUUGCUGGUAGGGAUGUUUGGGUAUAUGAUUGAGGUUCUUUUUCCGAAACUUGAAUUAACAUGUGUCUUUGUUCAUCAUAGUUUAUUCUGUCUUUCAGGCUGCUUUAAUUCAUCUGUAUUUCUGCACGAGUGACGACCCAAAGAUUGCCAAAGAAUCCAAAAAAUAUGUUAAAAUUUGUAAAGAUGAAUGCUUACUACCUUUGAGUGAUGAUAUCCCGGCAGGUCCGCCAUUGAUUCCUUUCCUUCAAACAUUAUCCAAUUUGAUCAGAAAGGAAGAAGAUUCAAAUUCUGACAGUAAAAAUCAUAAUGAGCAACAGCAGCAGCAACAUCAACAUCAACAUCAACAGCAACAUCAACUUCAACAGCAGCAACAACAACAACAACAACAACAACAACAGCAGCA